UUCACAUUGUCACGACUCACGACGAAUCGAGGGAUAGACCCAAAUAGAGGGGAAAAAAAACCCAAUCACUCGCAGAUUUAAGGAAUCUUCACAUCCACCAAGUUGGCUUUCGUUGUUUCACUUAGUUUAUAUCUUGGGAUUUUUUCUCUUUACAUAUUUGGUAUGCUUUGUGAUUUGGAAUCAGCCAGCUGCCGGUCAUGUUGUGGGAAACCAGUGCUGUGGUUUUGGGCGUUUGGGGUUCUGGAGCUUGUAUGAGGUAGUAGAAUGGAAAAGAAGAAAAUGGAUGAUUAUGAAACAGGACCAGUUCCGCCCCCGAGAGUCGACAGAUUUGGAUUCGUAAAGCAGGAACUUAAUUCUCCUGAAGGUCUAGCCAGGAGUAGGUCAGCUAUUGUGUAUGAGAGGGAGGAAAGAAGGGUUCGUAAAUGGAGGAAGAUGAUUGGAGUUGGAGGGAGUGACUGGAAGCAUUACGUUAGGAGGAAACCUCAUGUUGUUAAACGGCGAAUAAGAAAAGGAAUUCCUGAUUGUUUGAGGGGUCUUGUUUGGCAGUUAAUCUCAGGAAGUAGGGACCUCUUGCUGAUGAAUCCUGGGGUAUAUGAGCAACUAGUCAUAUAUGAGACAUCAGCUUCUGAACUGGAUAUUAUUCGGGAUAUUUCUCGUACUUUCCCUUCGCAUGUUUUCUUCCAGCAGAGACAUGGACCUGGUCAGAGAUCUCUAUACAAUGUUUUAAAAGCAUACUCUGUGUAUGAUAGAGAUGUCGGAUAUGUACAGGGAAUGGGAUUUGUAGCAGGUCUGUUGCUUCUGUAUAUGAGUGAAGAAGAUGCAUUUUGGUUAUUGGUUGCACUACUGAAAGGAGCUGUCCAUGCCCCAAUGGAAGGAUUAUAUCUGUGUCAAAAUUUGUCCUGGCUUUUUCGGAAAAUGUUCCGUAGAGAAAAGUUGUGAACUUUUUGCUGCAGCUGGUCUGACUUUGUAACCUCUAACUCUAACUUUGAUUUCAUCCAUUAAAAUGAAAAUAAGCAUGAUUUUUUGGCCUUUUUUCUGGGCUCUCACUUUAUAUGGUCAUAGCCACUGCUUUUAGAUGAGGAGUUUUACAUAGGAAACAUUAAAGGUUUUAAGAAGUGGCAUUACUUGAUGCUAUCAUCCAAACAUCAGGUGCUACUAUUCCUUCAAAUUGCUAGAUACAGCUACACAGUCUAGUCUUUGUCCAAUAUUCUUUAAUGAUUACUGUAUUUUUUGGAUAGGCAUGCUGAAUAAUCAGAUAUUGUUCUAGUCUACCGAUAUUUUUUUUUCCUGGAUCAAAUUUGGUCGUUAUUGGGCUUGCAUUAUUUCUCCUUUUGUCCCUAAACAAAAACUGCUGAUGGAAGAAUUAUUGUAAUUGCCAUUUGGAUUUCUAUGCCCUUUGGCUCCUAGGGAAGGAUUCGGAACUUUUGAGAUAGCUCUUUCUGGAAGGAUAAAGAGUGCUUUACUUUUCUAAAUAUGUGUCUGUGUAUGUCUAUUUGUGCACAGCUUCCGGCUAAACUAAAGGUCAAAAACAUUAAUACAACUUUGCUAAUUGCUUAUCUAUCUAUUUGUUCAUUUAAUGUAUGGGAGAGAACCUCAGUUAUAGGUUUUUUAUUCUUAAAGUGGGCAACACAGGCUUGAAGAGGUUGAAUUGAAUUCGCCUUUUGCGAGUUGGAUUUUCUUAGUACCUGUGGGCCAUGUAUCUGAUGGAAAUUGCAUCUCUGGAUGUAUGAUCACAGACACUGGGAAAGUAUUAAUAUUAGUUGCUGUUCUAUUAACCUUUAACUUUGUAACUAAGAGAUCUUUUAGAUUAUAGAGUAUGGCAUCAGAAAUUUUCUGUCGGCCUUCUUGGAUAGUUGUAGGGAACAAAUGUUUUUGUUUUUGAAAAUUCCAAGUUUCCUUCCCCUGCUUUAAACAUACACUGAAAGAAAUAUGAAGAAACCUUGACUUUAUGGAAGCUCUGAGGUCGAUUGAAGUCCGGACUGUAUAGCUUGUUGUGCACCUCCUGUUGUUUGUCUCAAUUUCUAUAUUGAACAAAGUGACUGGACUGUCUAUAGCUAAUUGUUAUGCCAAUGCCUCCUAUAUAUUGUUUGUGAACAUGUGAAGCAAAUUUCAAUUACUUUGUUGUGCCUGUGGGUUUUAGGUGGGGUUGCCUCUUGUACAGCAAUAUCUCUAUCAGUUCGAUCAACUGAUGAGGGAGCAGUUGCCGAAAUUGGGUGAGCAUUUUACCCGGGAAAUGAUAAACCCAAGCAUGUAUUCAAGUCAGUGGUUUAUAACUGUUUUCUCAUACUCUUUCCCAUUUCAUUUGGCUCUUCGAAUUUGGGAUGUCUUUCUCUAUGAGGUUAGUGAUUUACCAUUUAUAGCAGUUCAUUUUUUAUUUAUUCAUUGAUUUUCAGAAGCAG